AUGGCGCCAGUCGAAACUGACGCUUCCACACGCAGCAACUCGCUACCCAUUGCCCUCUUUGGCGGGCAGGUCUUGCUGGUUACAGUCCUCACAGCUCGCGUACUAUUCACUACUCGACGCGCCGCCAGAGCGCAACCGCCAUCGACGCAUACGCGCUCCCAAGACCCCGCUCGCCGACGUAAUGCCUUUGCCUUCUCCGUCAUUGCGCUCGUGUCGCUGCUGUCAGUGGGGACCUUUGCCUUCCUUUGGCGAGCCAUCUCGUAUGUGCGCUGGGCCCAGCACAACAAUCAGGAAAUCCCAGGUAGUCUAUGGAGCGGCUGGUAUGGCACCGGUGAAGAGGAGCAAUGGCACCUGGGCGACUGGAUCGCAGACAUAGAUCUUGUGCGCGAAUUCGAUGCUGUAGGCAUCAUGAAGCCGGAGGGGUUCCUCUACACCAGCCAGUACUUUGUCGGACUGAUAGCAAGCUCUAUUUUUAUGGGUGCUGAGGGACGCAGACGCAAUCUCUCCAACACCACUAUCGCGUCCUUUGUGCUCCUGAGCUCCAUUGGCAGCCUGGGGUAUUCCUUGAGCCUGUUCUUCAUCACCAUAUUGUAUACGCCUUUAACGUUGCAGAACGGAGACACGCCACUGCACGACACACUCUUCACGCCGUACGCCUUUGUCUAUGACGCGGGUAUCGUCGCGUCGCUCGUCACGCUCAACUUGUUUCCGCAAUUGGUUUCUGAAUUUGGCGACAAGAGCAUGAUGCGAGUGGGCUAUCUCGCCAUGCCUCUGGCCUUUGCCUUUGCUCCACAGCUUGUUCCCUACGCGCUGGGCCACCAACACAAAUCCAAGGCGGCUGCCCAUCGCUCUUAUGCCAAGGUCUUCUACGCCCUGUCGCUGGCUUCUAUCCUGGUGUACUGGCGGGUCUGGAUGACUCUGCUCUAUGUAAACAGGCCCUCGCAGCGGUCUCAUGUGUGGGACCUGGUCGCCAAUUCGUUUGGAAGAAGUGACGCGCCUCAGGUGAACAAACUUCUGGCAAGUAUCAGCAAUGCGGGUCAAAAGCUCAAACACAUCAGCACGCAUCCCGCCAUCAGUGUGACGAGUCUCGAUGUGCUCUUCACAGCCGUUGGCUUGUUUACUUGGACCUUUACUCGAGACCUCGAUGUUCAUUCGAUGCUGGAGAGUAGUGUGCUCUCUUUCCUGGUACCGAGUCACGAGAAGCAUGUUACGUUCAAAGAGGAGUUGGCCAAGGUUAUGGAAAAGGUUGAGGAACCAAGUCCACUGCUCGAGACGACGACACCGAGGAAGCGCGGGCGACCUUCCAAGAAGGCCAAUGGAUCGUCUAGCUCGGCACAGGCAGCUUCUUCGGCUGAACCUCUCAGGCGGAGCACAAGAGGAAAGGCGCACAGUCCUGACUCUGAUGCAGGCUCGUUUUCCGGUGAGCCUGACGCUACGUAUCAGGCGACGGAAGAGACGCGGCGAGCCGUGCAGGCUAUGGAAGCGGAUGGUUCAGCACCCGAGAGCGACUUGGUAUCUGCCGGCGAGGCGACUGCGCUGGCCAUGUUCCUUGCUUUCGUGGGGGGAUUGGGACAGUUGGCUUCUGGCACUCUGGGUGCGGAAGUGGCGGGACCAUGGGAUUGA